UUUGCCGUCCGUCCCGUUUUACACGUCUUGUAUCCACAAGUCACAACCUGUACGGUUAUAGUGCAGACUCCACCUUCUUUCGUCACAGUUUAUAAACUGUCACCCGCAGUUAAAUGACAAUUAGGAAUUUAGGACUAUCACCGUAGGGAGUAGGGACCGACCAAUAGUACCGUAGUGAGUUUUUUCUUUAUACUGAUUAAUAUAUCUCAUCAGUCAACGUUGCCUCCUCGAUAUUUUUUAGUCCCACAUAAACUGUUAUUACACACAUUCGAGUUAAAAAAAUUAAAAAAUGUUCAAACACUCUAAACAAUCACGAAGGAAACGUUGUGAAUUAUAUUAUUUAAAGAAUAAAAAGCUACUGUCACUACUACAAACACUGAAUUGACUUGUAACAGUGGUGUACAGAGGUAUUCUGAAAGCACAAGCAGUUAAAAAAGUUGAGAAACCAGUAAUUUCCUCUCGUCUUCCCGAGAGCAAAAGCAGUUGCAGUACUUGCUAACCUGUCUGGACACCACUGGACUUGUCAUUACUCAGUUAUGCUUCUCUCCCAAACGCAUUUGAAAUAAGUUCUCGUCCUAAUCGACGUAAUUAGAAAAAUGAACAUAAAAUAAUGUCCAGUAACAAGUACACUUAUUCAUUUAGGUAUAUCGUCUCUCAGUCUUAUUUCAUUUUAUUUUAAGAUAAAAUGCCUUCUACUAGUGAAGCUCUAAAUAGCUCUAAAGAUAAUAAAACACACGAUGCUAUCUGUCAAGAUGAUCUAACUCGUCAUGAAAAAUACAUAACAGAUACCAGUAUCCAACCACCUAAAAGUGUUCAAAAUAACGAUGAUUUAGUAUCAGAAGUAUUGGAAUGGUUAUUGAAGGAAACAUAUAAGGAUCAGAUUAACCAUAUAGAACAAAUAGCCAAAGAAUCCCCAGGGAUGAGUGAAGACUUAUCAAAAAGAAAAUAUGUAAAUUUUAAAUGUUUGAAGCCCUCUAGAACAUGUAUAGUUUGUAUGGAGUUUAGAAAAAAAUUGUUGUCAGCAUACCACUUAGUCAAAACUGUAAAUAAUGAGUUUGUGCCUUCAGAAAAAUGGAUGCAAUUUAUAAAAAAAAAAUUUGAAGGGAGUAAUUUUUAUUGGCUAUCCGAACAAAUCGCCAAAUACUCUAGUUAUGACUUUGAAGUUAUAUUAAGAAAUAUUUUCGAAGACAAUUAUAUAAAGAAGGUAAAUAAAAAUCAUUAUGCCCGCACGGAAAAUUUAAAAAAGAAAAGUAUAAUGGACAGCAUUAUUGAUACCAAUUAUUGGUUUCUAUUAAUAUCGAAGAUUAAGAUUUUAAAUAUGAAAAAUACUGUAAAUAGUUUAAAAAAUCACGUUGAAAAGUAUAACUUAGAAUUAUUUACUCGUGAGGAAAAUGAUAAUUUCAACGAGAAUAUAAAGCUUGAAAAAAAAAAAUAA